AUGACCGAGUCAAAGACUGAGAGCUCACAGCUGGCCGACUGUAAGAAUAUCCCGAUUAUCGAUCUCUCAUAUUUGGAUAGUCCAAAUUUCGAUGAGCGACGGAAACUUGCUCAAUCAAUCUAUGAUGCUUGUACUCAGGUUGGCUUCUUUUACAUCAAGAACCAUGGGAUCCCAGAGGACAAAAUCAAUGGCAUACACAGUUCCGCAAAGCGACUUUUCGAUCUCCCCGAGGAGCAAAAGAUGAAGUUCUAUAUUGGGAACUCUCCUAAAUUCCACGGUUACAGCCCCCUAGGGGGUGAGAAAUCCACAGGGACCGACGAUGAUCCAAUUGCCGAGAAAGAUGCAGUCAGUGCUCUCUCUGAAGCAUUCGACAUCGGAUACGAAACUGCAAUGGAUCCUCAGAAAUCGAAAGAUGACCCUCUUCCCCAUGAUCCCUAUGGGUUGUAUGGAGACAAUCAAUGGCCUAGUCAAGAUAUACUUCCAGGCUUCACAGAGACCUAUAUUGAAUAUUGCGCUAUGAUGUUAGGACUCUGUCGGAAGCUGAUGAGAAUAUUCGCCCUCGCUUUGAAAUUGCCCGAAGGGCACUUCGAUUCGAUGACCACGAACCCAGGUGUCGCGUCUCGGAUGAUGCAUUACCCACCUCAGCCUGUGAAGGAGGAAGUCCGUGAAGGGCUUGGGGCUCAUACGGAUUUUGAAUGCUUUACUAUCCUCUCCCAGGGUAGUGUCCCGGGGCUGCAAGUCUUGAGUCACAGUGGCGAGUGGAUACUGGCACCACCAUUGCCGGGAACACUGGUUGUCAACAUUGCAGAUUGCUUGUCAAUUUGGACGAAUAAAAAGUUCAAGUCGACUAUUCAUCGCGUGACAAACUUGACCGGACAAGAACGUUACUCCAUUCCCUUCUUCUUUGGGGUCGACUAUGAUACAACAGUGUCCGUUCUACCAAAUUAUAUUUCGGACGAUAGACCUGCAUGCAAAGAGCCCUUUAAGGCAGGUGGGUGGGUUCGCGAAAAGCUAUCGAAAGCUUACCUUGGCUAUGAAAGCUAG